UGGUUGUAUCAGGCAAUUUUUGGAGCUUUCUUAGAAUAUUCAUCAAUGUCUGAAGAAAUUGUUUAUGCAAAUCUCAAAUUCCAGGACUCUGAUAAGAAAGAAAAUCUGCAGACAUCUGACAAAUGCGGUGGAAAAGUACCUUCUGCCCCUUCCUAUUCACAGCAUAAAGCAGUCUUGAUUCUAACUGUUCUAUGCCUUCUGCUGCUCAUUGGACUGGGGGUCUUAGGAGGUUUGUUUCGUACAACUUUGGGGACAGAAAUGAUAAAAUCAAAUCAACUACAAAACAUCAGAGAAGAACUUCAAAGAAAUGUUUCUCUACAGCUGAUGCACAAUAUGAACAGCUCCAAGAGAAUCAGGAAACUGUCCGCCAUGCUGCAAAAGACAGCCACCCAGCUGUGUCGUGAACUGUGUAAAAACAAACCAGAACACAAAUGCAAGCCUUGUCCAAAGGGUUCACAAUGGUUUGAGGACAGUUGUUAUUCCAAACUUGGAAUGUCUGAAACAUGGCAAGUGAGUGAAAUGCUCUGUUCUUCUCGAAAUGGCAGCCUGCUGAAGAUUAAGAACAGGAAUGUGCUGGAAUUUAUAAAGUCUAAAAAAUUAAAAGGUUAUUGGCUGGGGUUGAUGCCCAGAACAAAGAAACCACCUUACGAGGAACUGAAUGAGAACAUGUUCCUCUCUGCAGGAUUUGAAGGAAGCACAUAUGACUUAAGUAAUAUGUACUGUGGAUAUAUAAAUGGAGGUUAUGUUUAUUAUUCAUCCUGUACUUCUGAGAACUAUGUCAUGUGUGUGGAGACAGCCAGGACUGUACAGGUGGAAAGUGUACUGGAUGACCUUCCAGAGGGAAGAAAUUAGCUACUGCAGUUGCUGACUCCAGCUUCUUUCCUGCUCUGAUGGUUUGAAUGAGGAUGGCCCCCAUGGGUUCAUAUUUUGAAUACUUGGGCCCCAGUUGGUGCAACUGUUUGAGAAGGAAGAGAAGGUGUAGCCUUGGUGGAGGUGGUACUUCACUGAUGGCACAUUUUGAUUAUUCCAAAGUCCACCCCACUUCCAGUUAAUUUUUUUCUCUGUUUUGUGUGAAUUGAGAUGUGAUCUUUCAACUACUGCUCAAAGCAUGUCUACCUGCCUACUGUCAUGCUCAUCAUCAUAAUGGUUAAAGACUAUAACCCUCCAGAACGAUGAGCCCCAAAUUACACCCUUUCUUUUAUAAGUUGCCUGGUCAUGGUGUUUUGUCACAGCAGUUGAGGAGUAGCUAAGACACAGAGGAAGGUUAGGCAGUGUACAUCUGCUGCUCUUGUCUGAGGUUUCUGUCCUGCCCUGUUCCCACAAUCGUUAAUUCCCAAAGAAAUCACACAGAGGUCUACAUUAGUUAUAAACUGAUUGACCCAUUAGCUCAGGCUUUUUAUUAACUCUUAAAACUUAUAUUAGCCCAUUAUUCUUGUCUAUGCUAGGUACCUUAUUCAACAAGGCAGUCACUAGCUUCUUCUGUGGCUGAGCCAGGGCUGCAAAAAGAGCUUCCCUCAUCCCAGAAUUCUCCUGUUUUCAUUGACCUGCCCCUACUUCCUUUCUGAUUGUCCCGCCUAUGCUUCCUGCCUGGCUACUAGCCAAUCAGCAUUUAUUUAAAAUAUAAUUGACAGGAAACAGAACAUUGUCCCAUAGCAUCUUGCUUCUCCUAAUGUUUAUGUCCAGAUUUCUUUGCCUCCUUUGCUGACUGUCAGGAAACUAAUUCAUAGCUUUAUCACCAUGUACUUUUUUUAACACACAUAUGCUGAACACCAAACCAUGAAACCUAUUUUGCCUUUUUUUCCCCCAAAGAUGAACCAGACAAAUUUCAGCCUCAGAGAAAAUUAUGUCUGGGAACAUAUAGGAAAAAUAAUAUAUGAACAAGUUGUAUUUAAAAUGUUAUGCCCAAAUUCCCAAAUUCCCCACAAAAAGUCAACAAGGAGACAGAGUCCUGAAUGUAAAAGCAAAGAGCUUUUAUUUUAAUCAAGUUUGCAAACUCGGUCUCUCCACAUGUCCAAUGUAUAGGAAUAACUGGAGAUCCCUGAGUUCAAUUAAAAUAGGAUUUUAUAGUACUAAAGUUGGGGGUGGGAGGUUUCUGAAGUUUUAAGACCCCUGAUUGGCUGAAAUUUGUCUAGGAUGUCCUGGCGAGUGUGUUCUGGCAGGUGUUCCUAUCUACAGUGCUUGGAAUGCCAGGCAUUUUCUUUAAAUGGUCUCUUCUUCCUCAGGUAAUCUCAGUUUGUGGUUCCUCCUGCAACCAGGCAUUGCCUCAGGGUAAACUACUGAGACUUGGGCCUCCAUUUAAAUUCUUUGAUGGCCAGAGUCCCAGGUGAUAAUAUUUGGAAGUUAAAGAACUUCCUUUGGGUGACCUGCCCAUAUUUAGCUUAUCAUGGUUAGCCCCCCUCCCCCCCCAAAAAAAUGUAUUAGCAUUUUCAAAGUAAAGUUUGAAAAGAAAAAUAAGUUAUUCAAUAGACAGAGAAAGACAUUUGAUGAAUACUUAAAGCCUUGCUAUAGUAAAACUUAGGAAGCUAGGAGUAGAAUUCUCAAAGAUAAUCAAGAUUUGAAAUAAAAUAAACAGCACACAAAUAAGCAAAUACUCUAAUGUUGAAAUUAUUGCCAUUGCUCUAGUAAGGGAAAACAUAUUUCUACUUUCAAAACAAAAUAAGGAUGAACUUCAUCAGUCACUUCAUUCAACAAUAAGAGAUGGAACCCAGCAGUGGAAUAAGGCAGAAAAAAAGGCAUAUAAAAUUUGAAAAUAGAGAAAGACUAAAAUAAAAGAUUUCUUUUGUAGAUAAUAUAAUUAUAUACAUCUGAACCAAUAUAGGUUUUAAUUGCUACACUAAACAGUAUAUCAUAUCAAAGGCAAUGGAUGAAAUUUCAACAGAACCCAAACAUAUGUAUGAACAACUAAAAUAAAAUUUAAAUGCAGUCUUGUUUUAACAGCUUCCGUUGUAGGGGAAACUCCGCCCAAUGGGGGGGGCGUGUUCGCCUCGGGCUAAUGUUUACAUAUAAAUCUGGUGGCGUGAGCCCCACCAAGCUCUCUCUCUUUUGUAUCUCCUGCUCAUCCCUGGAUCCCUGGUGUUGUAAGCUAUUCCUUCAUUAAAAUUUGCUGUUUCAUAUUAA